GUGAUGUGAUCUCAAAAGACUUAUUUUUGAUUUGCCUUGUCGGCGGUUAAUGUAAUGUAUUUAUGACAAAAACAAAAUAAUUUAAAGAAGACGCCAGGCGCCUGUAAAAACCUGGCUUGAGAGGCUAACGUUCUGAGUAUGAGCACAAACAAUAAUGAACAAAAUGGCCGUCAGCCGCCAUUACCUGCUUCAGUUCAUUCCGGGCCUCCAACUGAUCCACGGCCAGGUGCGGCGGCGGCUGCUGCUGCUGCUGCUGCGGCCGCCGCCGCAGCAGCUGCAGCUGCUUCCGAACAGCAAAGACAAAUAUGCCGCAAAUUUGUUUGGGGUACUUGCACCAAAAGUUCCAGUUGUAAAUUUCGGCAUGAACUUGACAUCAAUGAGAUGAAAAAGAUAUUGAAAUUUUGUCACGACUUUCAGAAUAAACAAGGUUGUAACAGAGCAGAAUGUACAUAUUUACAUACUUCGAGAGAGGAACAAAAUAAUUUCCUUGCCACAGGACAAAUACCACGUGUAUUAGCAGAAAGAUAUGCCACUUUGGCUGAUACAUCCAGUUCUCUGCAAAAUUUUGAAGCUUUACCACAGAUGAUUAUGACAUUUGUGUCACCGCCGCCGCCGCCGCCCCCACCGCCGGCGCCAAUGAUGAUAACAGGCUCGGCACCGCCGCCACCACCCCCGCCGCAGCCCAUACCUUUCGGUCCUGUACAACAACCACCGCCACCGCCGCCGCCUCCUACUAUUGCAACAACGUCUGUAGCGCAAGCACCUGCUGCAUUUACUGGUCCACCACCUCAAAAUACACCAAUAAUAUUUCCGUUGACGCAACCUCCACCUCCACUACCAGUGUUUGAUGCAUCUAGACCACCACCAUCUACACCACACCAAAGUUCUAAUAAAAAUGGGACAGUGAAACGUCAGCUAGAUAAUAUUGAAGCCGGUCCAAGCAAAAUAAGGAAGGCAGAGGGGCCCAAAGCGGACAUUCCGUGUGAACACUGUGUCCAGCGAGAAAUAAGGGUCGACAUGUACAAACAGAAAUUGGCUAAACUCUCUAGUGAAGAGGAGUAUCUUAGCUUAAUGUACAAAAAAAAGAUAGAAGAAUAUGACCGUGGCAAGAGCAUGUUGCGUACUCUGGUGACUCCAGAACUGUACCGCAUAUUGGAUGAGUACAUAGAGGGUGGACCACCGCAAGUACAGGAUAUUUUAGCACAACUAAAUCAAAAUCCUUUGUUAACAUUAAUGGAAUGCCUCAUGACCAGAAAUGUUGUGGAAUCGCCAUCUUCAGCUUCUGUGCGUCUGGAUGAAUCAGUAUUGCAGUCCCUAACAUCUAUUACUAGGAGAACAAAUACACAUAAUUCUGUACCUAAUCAGCAACCUGAUGCACUGCAAAUUAUUAUGGAAUUCAUUCGUACAGUGAAUCCGUCAUUAGAGAGAUCACAUUCCGUAGAUUUUAGCCCAAAUGAUACAAGCGACUCUAAUAGACCUAGUACUUCAAGUAAUCAGGCCAACAAUUUAAAUGGUUUUAAUCGUUACACUAACGGACAGAAAAUGGACAGUCCUCCGACAAGGGCUUCUAAUUCUGGUCGAAUUCAAAAUGUCAUAACCACUUCUGGGCGCGCUUUUCCGACUGCCAAUGCUCCACUACAGAGCCCUGUGGCUCCCGCUGCUACACCCGCACCGUCGCCGGCAUCUACAACACCUACAUUCCCUCAAUACCAUCCGGGUAUACCACCACCGCCGUUCCGGCCUUAUUAUCCGAAUCAACAAUAUACCAGCCCAACAUCAACGAGUGGGACGGGUAUGCCGAUGCCUCCUUACAACGCUGCUGGUCCUAGGGCCCCCGCGGCACAUCAAAUGGCAUCACGGCCAUCCACUCACGGAGCGCCACCGGCAGUGCCGCCACAAAACUACAAUCAGUACAUGAUGCCGAGGUACCCACAUCCUCCGUACUAUCCUCCGUAUCAAUAACAAGAGCGUCAACCGUUCCUCCCCGAUCGGGCAACGUGAGGUCGGUUUUAUAAUUUUGUGCUAAGACACUGAACGUUUGACAGUGGACAUUUAUUUGUAUAUACGUAAUAGUUUUUUAGAUCGAGUAAGACCGUCUGCCUUUUAGAUUGUAAGCAUUAGUUUACGUAAGUUGGAAGCUAGAAUAUUAUAAGAACUAAUUUAGUUAAUUAUAAUCUCCUAUUGUAAUGAUUCUAUCAUAUUUUUUAUGUCUGUUAACGGUGGAACGUUUGUUGUGUCUAGUUAAAAGUGGUAAAUAUACACGAGGUGAUUUUUAUGAUGUGGUCGACUCAAUGUUAUUAUAGCCGCCUAAGUAAGUAGGUGUUUCGCUUGGGUACACCUGUAUAUUUACUUUUACACUGCACUGUGUAAGCUUUCUUUCUCUGUAUUGUUUAUAUCAAUUCGUUCAAUAAUUUUGAUAAGCCGAUUUCAUUUGCUUAAGUUUCAAUUCGUAAAGUCAGCUAUAAAAGUAGCGGAAAGCUUUUUUAAUGUUUAGUGUUAUAAUAUUUAAACGCAAACGUAAAAUGUUAUGCAUUUGUGUUUAAAAUAUUAUGUAAUACUCGUUCAACAGACGUCACGACAGAGUUAAAGAAAUCCUAUAGUGAAACCUAAAAAAAUUUACAAAGUCAUAACAAAUUAUAAUCCACAGUUUACAAAUCCAAUAUUUAGGUAUAACUAUCAACAUGUGAUACGAAUACCUUACAUAAGACUUUAUUUUUAAAGAAGAAAACAAAAAGUGAGCGAUCCUAAACAUAUUCAAUUUUAGCUAUAAUAUAAUCUCGUCUCAAGCAGUACCUAAAUAAAAUGAGCAAAUGUAGGCGAAUGUUACACGGCGUCCUAGUCUUAGUCCCAGUUGCGGCUAUUUACGGUUGUUUUAAGUGGCGCAAACGCAAGUGGAUAACAACAAUAGCUAAUAAGUUGUGUUUUAUAAGUUGUACGUUGUAGUUGUAUGUUAGUUGUUCUUAAUACAUCGCAUUUAUACAUUCGCACGAUGAGGCGGACGUGUGAACGGUGCGUUGAUUACUUCUCCUCACUGACAUCGCUCCUCGCAUCACCCCUCAUGCUCACUGUUGUCACUCGUGUCGACAACGAUUGCGCGGUGAACUUAUUGUUAUAGGAUGCGUAGAUCUGGCGAAUGAGCCGCGAAUGCGCUGCAUGUGCUCUGCGCGCGUGUUGCACGCGUGCACUUAAAUACAUGUAAUUAUAUGGGUCGCGCGAAAAGUGCCUAUAUCACUUAGUGGAUGUAAAAAAAUACAGUCUAAGCUAUAUCAUGAGCUGACAGUGACAGUUAACGCUAGCGACCGCGUAAAAUAUUUGUAUACAAUAUGUUGCUAUCUUAUUGUGACCGCUAGAGGCGCUGUAUAAUUUGCCAUACAAAAUUGUGAAGUAAUAUACGCUGUCGCUAGCGACAACUGUCCCAGUAAUUUCGCGGUAGAGGCACAGAUCGCAUAAUGUAAUGCAUGUGUGCAGCUCGUGAGCCUUUCGCAAUCAGACGCAUUUGCAGCGCAUUCGCCAGAUCUGUAUGCACCCAUACAUUCGCGAUUUACAUUUAGCAUGCGCUCGAUGUAGAUGCUGCUAGAAUGUGUACGUCGUCUAUCGUUACAGGUCGACGUAGAGGGAAUGUGCAGAGUGGUGAACGCGAUUGUGCAAAUGCAGUAUUAAAUACGAUCUGGAUUUAUUUAGCCCAUAAAUGCUUCCACGCAGAUUACGGAUAAGGGGGUCACCACACUUAUCGACGUGGAAUGGUAUGUCCAUGCAAUAAAAGCGUACGAUAUUAUAUGAUUAGCUUUGACGUCGACGCGACUUGGCUUACUGCAGAAUUUCCCAUCAUUAUGGCGCCGACGUGGGCUGAUGGUACCCGAAAACGUCCGAUUGUCUCCGAUAACCCAAGAUGUCUGAAUCGUGUGCCGAUCGGUUUCCUUUUACAUCGCCGUCGACGAUGACGACGGCCGAUCGGCGACGCCUGGUCCAGUCGAUGACCGAACGACGAUGAUCAAACGAUGGCUUAGGGCCAGCGCAAACCGGCGAGUCUAAAAGGCAGAGGACAUUAAAUUUAUCAAUGUAAACGUUAUGCUACUUUAAUUAUAAUAAGCAAUAAAUUUCAAUGCUCGCAGCGCAAUUGUCUCUGCGAUAUUGCAGAACACGAUAGUGCAUACCGCGGCGGGAGGCGUCGAUAUGUGGCGAAAUCCACCGGUAUGCGCCUGAAUACACCAGUAUGCAUAGGA